CGCCAGUCUGCUGUCGGGAUGCACUGAGCAGCCCCGUCCACGCUUCCUUCCUUGCAGUCAUCAAGGUCAAGCUAUUGCAUAAACAAGAUGCGGGUGGCACUUACCUUUCUCCUGGUGGCACUCACGGGCGUGUCUCUCGGGAAACUGGGUCCCCUCGAGAGGCCUUACAAAAUCCUCAUGCUGCUGCCCGCGGGGUCGAAGAGCCACAAACACUUCUUCAUGAGUAUUGCCGAUGCCUUGGCUGAGCGAGGACACAGGGUAGUGAUGCUUUCUGGGUAUCCUGCGUCCUCCCAGAACCCCAACAUCUUGGAAAUCAACCACGGGCUCAAGGAUUUUGAUGUCGAGAACAUGAACUUAUUUGAUUUCCUAAAUGAUCCCUCGGGAGGUUUUUCUAUCCUGUUGGACAUGCUUCCUCCUAUGGCCAAGAAAUUAUACAAUAUCCCAGAGGUGAUGGAGCUGUAUCACAAGAGGAAGACGUUUGAUCUCAUUAUUGUAGAUCAAUUGAUGAAUGAGAUGGUCUACCCGUUCGUACACGAACUAACGUACAUGACAAUAGUGGCCUACGGGAUGGACGUGUGCCACAGCGCCGUGCUGGGCAAUGUCCAGAACCCGGCCUAUGUCUCUGGGCCACUGCAGGAGUACCCGAGCCCACUCAGUUUGAAGCACCGCCUUUUGAAUCUUCUGCAGCACAUUUUGAUGCCCUUUUACUGGAGGCAUUGGGGUGCUGUGCCUAAAAUGCAGAAGGAGAUCUCGGCCAUUUUCCCAGACCUUCCGCCGCUGCUGGACAUCGAGCGCAACCAGAGCCUGACGCUGAUCAACUCGCACUUCUCGAUAAACAUGGCGGUUCCUCUGCUGCCGUCGCAGGUGGCGGUGGGCGCCGUCCACUGCCGCCCCGCGAAACCCCUUCCGAAGGAACUAGAAUCCUGGAUCUCCGGCGCAGGACCAGAGGGCGUCGUGUACUUCAGCCUGGGAACCGUUGCUCGCGGUACCUCCAUGCCGGUCGUGUACAGAGACAUGUUCGUCGAAGCCUUCAAGAGGCUGAAGCAGAGAGUCAUUUGGAAGUAUGACGUAGAACUGGAGGGCAUCUCGGACAACGUGCUGAGACAGAAGUGGCUUCCGCAGCAGGAUAUAUUAGGUCACCCCAACGUGAAAGUGUUCAUCAGCCACGGCGGCCUUCUCAGCACCCAAGAAGCCCUGUACCACGCCACGCCCGUCGUCGCUCUGCCCAUCUUCGCGGACCAACCCAAGAAUGCACUGACUAUUCAGAAACAAGGUGUUGGUGUCACUCUGGUGUGGGAGGAACUGUCAGUCGACCUUAUCUUUGAUUCUAUUCAAGAGGUCUUAAAUAACCCCAAAUACAAAAGAAAUGCUGAACAGGUGAAGAAUACAUUGCGCGACCAGCCAGACACACCCAAGGAACGUGCAGUAUUCUGGACCGAGUACGUGGUCCGCCACCAGGGAGCGCCCCGCCUGAGGAGCCCGGCGGCGAAGCUCUCGUGGGUCGAGUUCCUCAUGCUCGACGUCCUGCUGGUGAUCCACGUCGUCGCGUACGUCGCUUUCUGCGUUCUGUCGCGGAUUAUGAGGGCGCUGAAAGGAAAGCUCUUUCCGCGCAAUGUGAAGAAGAAGAGGGACUGAGAGUGAUUUUUAGCGCACCCAUGUAUACAUAUGACGAUGUGUUUGUGUGUGUGUGUGUGUGUGUGUGUGUGUGUGUGUGUGUGUGUGUGUGUGUGUGUGUGUGUGUGUGUGUCUGUGUGUGUCUGUACGUGCGUGUGUGUCUGUGUGAAGAAAAAAAAAACAUACACAAUUACAUAUAUGCAUCACAAUUGUAACUUUCUUGUCUCUUUUCUUUCGGUUACGCUCUCCAAGAAGCAUCAGAAAAAUAAAAUUUGGAUUUGAAUCCCGUCUUCUGUGUUUCUAUUCCAGGAAUUCUUGUUUCAUGAGUUAUCAGUCAUAAUUCAUAAGUUUUCACAAUCAAUGACAUCCCAUUUUUUUUAUAAUGUUCAGUCCAUUUAGAGAUUGCAUAAUGUAGUACUGAUAAUUGA